AUGCCCGGCAAGAUCAUACCCGUGACGUCGUCUUCGCACUUCUCCCAGCUCCUCUCGCAGUCGACAUACACGGUUGUUGACUUCUACGCCGACUGGUGUGGGCCAUGCAAAGCAAUCGCGCCCGUCUUCCAGGGCUUGGCAGAGAAGGAGACUAAGCCUGGCAAGAUGCAGUUCGUCAAGGUGGACGUGGACAGUCAGCAGGAGGUUGCAAAGAAGUACGGCGUUAGCGCUAUGCCAACUUUUCUCAUCAUCAAAUCCUCAUCUGUAGUCGAGACCAUCCGCGGCGCCAACCCCGCCGCCCUCACAGCCGCUGUCCGCAAAGCUGCCAGCGACACAUCUGGCCCAGGUGCUGCCUCUGCUGUUUUUCAGACCAAGGGUCGUACACUCGGCUCAGCUUCCGAACCUAGCCGUCCCGUCGGCGAGAGCCCGUUUGCCAAUUUACAAAGGAUGCUGCUCGGGAACGGCGGACUGAGCGACUUGGUCGUGAGGUUCGCAGCGCUGUACUUUGUCAGCUUGUUCGCCUUCGAUUCAUACAAAGCUGCAGAAGAGAGUCCCUUCAAUGUCCGUGCAAGACGGUAG